CUCCCAAGCCUAGGUCAAGUUCUUGUUAAAAAAAAAAUCCUCGGGGCUGGUGUGGCUCAGCAGCUGAGCAUCGACCUAUGACCUGUAAUCUAGGAGAUCAGGGCUUAAUUCCUGCUCAGGGCACAUGCCUGGGUUUCAGGCUCGAUCCCGAGUAGGGGGAGUGCUGAAAGCAGUCAAUCAAUGACUCUCAUCAUUAAUGUUUCUCUCUCUCUCCCUCUCCCUUCCUCUCUGUGAAAUAAAUAAAGACAUAUUAAAAAAAAAAUCCGACCAAGCCAAUUUCACCCUCCACAAAGUACCUGGUAUGUGUGUCCCUUGGGAUGUUUGUUAAUGAGGUUUAAUGCAGGUUAUGUGAGGGGGAAUUAUAACUGGCCAAAAGAGAGAGGAAGGGGAUUUGAUGGCUUGGUCUGGGAAAUAGUCAUCUGGACUUGGGGAAGGGGCUUUCUUUUUGGCCCUGUCUCUGGCAGGGAAAAGAGAAAAGACCAGAGGCCAAACAGGUGCCAGAUCUACACGGAAUUGACCCAAAAAGGAGACCUUGAGGAAUGGGAAGGGCAGGGAAAGUCCUGUGUGGGAGAUGGGGCAAAGAUUACAGGAACAAAUUUUAAAAGGAGGAAGGGGGAGAAGAGAGGAGAGGAGGGACUCCAUCUUUGGAAGGGAGGAAAAUGGGGAGAGCACAUGGGUGAUCUUGGUGGACAUUUUGUUUGUUGGAGCCCCAACAGAGCCCUUUUCAAAAUGAUCAUACUGGAGGGGAGCUAAGUCUCGCUAAGGAGGGAACAGACUCAAGGAUGAAGGAAAGGGUGGUUUUGAUGAGCCUGGAAGGAACGGCUUGACAUUUUCUAAUGGAGCUGUCCAUCUGUCCACUCCUUUGGGUAUAAUGAAGCUGGAAGCUGGCUGUGGCAUAGCCACCUCAGAGGUCCCUAACCCCCAAAAAGAGGCAGAGCCAGAUGUGGAGCCACUCUCAGAAAUCUUGCCACAGGAGGCCAGGGCUAAGCCCAAGUCUGGAUCAGGGAUGGAGGCUGAAAAAGAGCCUCUGGGGUCCCAGUCAGGGCCUGAGGCCAAGGCCAAGUUCUUGGGGGCCAAGCCCAGGUCCAGAUCUGGGCCUAAGACCAAGGUUGAGCAGUUGGACCUUGUGGUGGCCACAUAACAGAAGUUUAAGGAGGUGCUGGCCAUUUCAGGAGGCAUCUAUGGUGACCUUGGCUAUCUUCCCAGCUGCUACCACAGCUGGCUCGGGGAUCCCAACUGUACUAUGGUGCUGGCUAAGCGCAACAGAGGAGCGAUCGCGCUGGAGUCGGUGCUCGUGAUCGAUGCCGAGAAGACCGCGCUGGCGGAGGCGCUGCGCGUGGCGCUCCGGGAGCGCGGCGAGGGCGAGGCCAGGCUGCCGCAGCGCUUCUGCUCGCUGCUGGUCAAGCGACAGCACCCGCGGGUCAAGGUGGCACGGCUUACCCGGGACCGCCAGCUGGGUCCCCAGGAGCUAAAGAAAUACCACCUAAUCACCAAGCAGGGCAUCCUUUUGUUCCGGCUCCGCGCGCCGGCGCUGCUGGCAGGACUGGACGCCGGGCUGGCGGCGCUGCGGGCCUCCGGCACUUACUCAGCGCUGCCCACUGAGGCCCCGGCAGAAGCAGGCGGUGACGUGGCCGGCCUCCUGCUGUCGAUUUCCGUGCAGCGCGACGUGCUCCCGGGUGGAACCAGCAUCCAGGACUCGCAGCCCUACCAGCCGAUCGGGAGCAACUGGCACCUGUUGGCGGCCAAGGGCUUGGAGUGGUGCGUGGACAGCCGCCCGCGCCCGCGCGUGAUCACGCCGUGCACCCCCUUUCCUAUCCCGCCUUGAGGCGACGGCACAUGGUGCUGCCUCAACGUCGAUGCCUUCGGCUGCGACUGCUCCCAGGUGCAGAGCCAGCUCCUCUGGCACCUGCAGUGCCAGGCUCGGCGCCUUGCCGGCCUCAACGUCAUGUGUCAGCUCUUCCUGGUGCCCCACUUGUGUUCACAGCUGGCUUAUUUCUGCCAGGCCAGCUUGGGGCUCGAGCUGGUCAAGGGUUACACUGAGCAGUACCUGCUGGAGGCUGACAUCUGAGGCUUCUACUACUUGAGAAUAAGCACUUUAGACCCCCCUUCACCAGGUCCCCAGAAAGCCCUGUCCUUAUUUGCAAGCUCCACCCUACUCAGCGCCCUACCAUCUCCCACUGCAGCCCCUUCCCUUUCCUUCCCCCCUAAUCUCUAUCUGCCAUCUUGUC